UGUACUUGACUUCUUGAGAAAGGACCAACAAAAUCGAGUGAGAGGGAGGCGGAGAUGGCGAAGAGGAAGGCCGAGGCGGCGGAGAAGGAGGUAGAUCGGAAUGCGUUUGAGUCGGAGGAGGACAGCGUAGGCAGCAGUAACAACGAGGAAGAGGAAGAGGAGGAAGAACUCGUUGACAAUGAACAUGCUAAUUUGCACCCUGAAAAACCAAGUGAGAGGCUGGGUGCUGCUUCUGCAUCUGCACGAGUAACUACGGAAGUUGGUGGAUCCGGUUCGAUCAAUCUGGAGGUCAGCGUGCCCGCAUCGCCGAUCCAAAGUUUCUGUUACAGUGAAGUCUGGAUCAGCUUCUGCUCAAGUUAAAGCCCAGGAACCUGCUAAAACCGUCAGGAAGAGGGCUGCCAGAUAGAGGACCAGUUCUCUUGGGAAGUUCCUGUAAUCUUUUCUGAGUUGUCUGAUGUCUCAAAUUAGGAACCUGUGGUUUGUGUCUCUUGCAUUGUUAGUUGUAACUGAUUUAGCCAAGGUCUUUGGGCUGAAAACUGGGUUUUGAGUCGCUGAAAGAAUGUUUCAUGGGGCCUUUUUGGACGGCGCGGUUCGGCCUUCUCCAGGGAUGAUCUUUUUUGUCACUCCGGGGGGAGGAUUUGUGAUGGUCAUGUCGUUAUUUUCAGAAGAGUUAAGUGAAUUUGAUGAAAACAUCACUUAGGUCAUUGUAUUUUGGAAGUCGCAAAUAACAGUCACCGAACUUGGCGAAA